UCGUUGAAUGACUUCCACCUUUACCAGAUAGAUAGCCGAUGGGAGCGGAGCGCAGUUUUGCAACAGUGUACACGAUGUUUGCUCGACACAUCAGCACACGCAGAAAGACUUCUCAAUAAUUCCUCCGACAAGUUUGAACAGGAGCAGACUGCGGCUGCUGAUGAUGUAAAGCACGUCAUUCCUAACUGGCUUUAACACCGCCUGUUUGUGUGCAAGGGUGUGUGUGUGUGUGUGUGUGUGUGCGCGUGCGUGCGUGCGUGUAUGUGUGUGUGUGCGCGUGCGUGCGUGUAUGUGUGUGUGUGCGCGCGCGUGCGUGUCUGUGUCUUGACACUUAUAUUGUUGCUCCACCUCCAUCGCCUUGAAUUAAAUUCGCAUAUACAGCCGCCGUCAGGCAGUUUCUCAAGAGGAAGCAGACAGGAGGCGGAUUGCUUUUAGUGAGGAGAACCGAACAGAACAUUUCACGAUGGCAGACAACAAGACGGGUCCAAACCUCCAGGCUGGAGCUGGAUUCUUCGCCAAACGGGUCCAGAAGUCUUUGAAUCGAGCUCAGGAGAAGGUCCUUCAAAAACUGGGCAAAACCAUGGAGACAAAGGACGAACAGUUCGAGCUGUGUUUCCAGAGCCUCAACAAACAACAGAUGGAUGGAAGCAGGCUGUUCAAAGAUGUCAAAGCCUACCACGCAGCAGUGAAAGCCGUGCAUGAGACGUCCAAGCGGCUGUCCCAGACGUUGCGAGACAUCUACGAGCCGGACUGGAACGGAGUGGAGGAUCUCGCUGUCAUUACAGAGAGUGAAGACUUGCUGUGGAACGACUAUGAAGAGAAACUAAAUGACCAGAUUGUCCGCACCAUGGAGAACUAUACAAGCCAGUUCCCUGAGGUCAAGGAACGAGUUGCUAAACGUGGUCGCAAGCUGGUGGACUACGACUCAUCACGUCACCACCUGGAAGCGCUGCAGAGUGCCAAGAAAAAGGAUGAAGCCAAAAUAACAAAGGCAGAAGAAGAGUUCAACAAAACCCAGAAUGUCUUUGAAGAAAUAAAUAACGAGCUGAGGGAGGAGCUGCCUGUUCUCUAUCAGAGCCGGAUAGGUUGCUAUGUGACGGUGUUCCAAAACAUAUCCAACCUGAGAGAUGUCUUCUAUAAGGAAAUGAGCGUGCUGAACCAUGAGCUGUACAAUGUGAUGAAGAAACUGGAGACUCAACACUCGGGGAAAGCUUUCAUCAUCAAGGGUCUGAGCAGCGCCUCAAGCAGGUCAAAGAAGAGAAAGUCGCUGGUUAUCUCCAAUCCCAUCCCCUGCAAUACAGCAUUCCCAACAGACCACGUCUCCAUCCAUUCUUCCACCGAAAAUGGAAAAGACACUGCACCAUCCUCCCCCGUCCAGGGAGCCGGCCUACCAGAGGGAAGCGUCGUCUCAUCCAAAGACUCGUCAGACUCUGAUCUCAGCUCCGUCGGCACCAACACGCCUAAGAGGCAGUCAGUAUGUGAGCAAGAGAACAGCGACAUAGGGAGUCUAAAUCCAGAGGAGGUGGAGGUGGAGGAGGAGGAGGAGGUGGAGGUGGAGGUGCAGGUAGAUGCAGAAGCUGAGCUUGCUACAAACCAGUCAGAAGACUCUGGGGUGGGUGUACCAAAGUCGGAGGCUGCAAGUCAGGAGGUGUCCAAUCCCUGUGAUUGUGCAGACAGUGCCCCACAGAGUCCAGAGCAGGAGACUGUGAGUGAUCCACCAUCAGAGGAGGUAGAGCUCAAAACGGCACCAGUUCCCGCCCCUCGCCUCUCCUUCCGCGCCACAGAUAGACCCCCCCUCUUACCCACUAAGGACCAGGAGGAGACGGAGAAAGCAUCAGCCAACCAGGAGACGGCUGACUCAGGAGAUGAUACCACUUCCCACAAUCCACCAGGCUUCCUAUACAAGGGGGUGGCGGUAGAGAGCCACGCAGCGUCUGAAGACGGCCUGCUGCAGUUUGAACAGGGAGACGUCAUCCUGGUGCUCGCUGACACUCGAGAGGAAGGCCUGCUGAAGGGGAUCAGGGAGGAGAGCUGGAACCAGCACAGGGAUCUACAAAAUCAUUCUGGGAUCUUCUCGGAAAAACUCCUCCAGCCUGUGCAGGCAGAGUGAAGCAAUAGUCACUCCUCAAGCUGUAAUACUUUCUUGUUCCGUCGAGCAGUUCGGUGACGCACACACAUUCGCACACACACACACACCCACACACGUAGGGAGUGAACCCAUAUGUUGUGGGUGCAGAAGCUGUACAAACAGAUGAGCACAGGUCCCACGUGGGGCCUCGCAUGCUACGAUGUUGCAACUUGUGGAACAAGAGUGAGCUUUAGAACAUCUUGUAACAGAUGUUUGGAUUGUUAAAUGUUAUAGUAUUGUUGCUCUUAUUGUAUUUUUUAAAGUCUUUCUGUGAAACACUGUGAAACAUGUUUUUUUUAUACUGAUGCUGUGAUCUUGUGUAAAAUGUCCUAAUAAAGUUCUAAAUAAGAGAA